AUGGCCAAGUCAUGCCAAUCAAACUCAUCAAUAUCCUUGUCUUGAAUUGUAGAACAAACAGGAAGAAGUGUUUUUUAAUUCAAUCAAUGACAGCUCUGCGAAAUCUUAGCAUGACGGUCAAGUUACUAAAAGCUUAGAAGCAUGCAAAUUGAUGCAAUCCGUUAGACAAGAAGUCUUUUACAAAUGGGCGAGAGCGCCAAGCCAUAUUCUCCACAUCUCAGCACCAGCAUAACACAUGCUAUCAACUUCCAUAUCUUUCUAAGACUGAAAUGGCUCCUAUUGAUAACUAUGACUACCAUUUCCCAUAUUUUCCUCUAACACCACCACACAACCCUCUCUCUCCCCCAAAAGUGACGCCUCAUGUUUCUCCAUCCCCUCCAAAAGUGCCCCCAUCCCACAAGCCCCCACCAUCUCCAAAAGUGUCGACACCUCACAAUGCACCCUUUCCUCCAAGAGUAACUCCACCACAUAAUCCCAUUAUGCCACCACCAUCAUUCCCAAAGCCAGGAACUCCACCCUAUCAUCCAUUUCAUCCACCACCAAGCCCUGCAGCAAAACCACCCAGUCAUCCAAUGUCUCCCCCAUCCAGUCAUACACCACCAUCUCCAACAGUGGCACCACCUCAAAAUACUCCCACCCCUCAAGUGGCUCCACCACAGCAUCCCAUUACUCCGCCAUCACCAUUACCAGUGCCUGGAACACCUCCCAAUCAUCCAUCUCAUCCACCAACUCCUGCAGCAAAACCACCUAGUCACUAUAUCUAUCCCCCACCACCACCCCAUCCUAUUCCUUCACCAUCACCUCCUCAUCUUGUUCCACCUCCACCUCCAACACCAACACCAGGUCAUCAUUCAACUGUCAUAGUUAUUGUCUUUGUCUCGCUUGGUGGUCUCUUCUUUCUUGCCUUUCUAUCUGUUGCUCUCUGUUGCAUCAUUAAGAAAAAAAAGAAGAGAAUGGUUCAGAAAACUGAAAUUAUAGAUUUUGAAGAACACAUGAGAGCUCAGGAAGCUAUCAUACCCGGAACACAUGGAGAGCAAACCAAGGUACUAAACAUUGAAGAGGAUGUGCACAUCGAGGAGAAGAUUAAGAAAAAUGAAAAAAUAAGUGCAGGUUCACACAUCAAGUCUUCACAUGAACAUUCCCAGGAUUCCGAUUUGGCAGCAUCCUCUUCUCACUCCACUCAGCACUAUCCUGAGCACAAAGUCUGAUUGAAAUGCAAAUAAAUGACAAGAGGCAACAUGAUCAUAUAUUCUUUCAUCCAAUAUCCCUACUGAGAUAUUACUUCAAAAAAUUUCUUGUUUGCUCCAAAAAAUUGUCAAAAUUGUAUUGAUGGAAUAAUAAGUGAAGCUUGAGGAAUAAUAUUAUUCUUUAAUAUUAGAAAACCAAACAAACCAUCAAAGGAAAGUAAAUUCAGAAUUAUUAUUAUUAUUAAAGUAGCAGAGAAGAAAUGAAAUGACAACGAGGCACUAGUAUAGAGAUAUUUUUACAUAAAUUUGGCACCAACAUGAUAGUCAUUGGUAUA